AUGAAUAAUUUAAAUAAAUUAGAAUAUCCUUCAUGUAAAAAGCAUAGCAUUAAUAGCUACAUGUACAUUAGCACUAAUAUUAGAGAUUAAGAUGACAUAUUUAAAUGUGGAUAAUGUGUUUUGGAAGAUAUUAACUAUAAUGAUUAUCUUUAUAUCAAUACUAUUUUGAUGAGUUAAGAUGAUUAUAUUUUCAAAAACUGGCCUCUUUUAUGUAAUAAAGAAUUGAUCAAUCAACUAAACUAGCUAGUUUAGGAUUAUACAGAUCCAAUUCAAAUAAUAGAAGAUUAAUUUAACAGUCUUAGAAAUGAAAUAGUUCAGAAAAUAGAUGAAAAAAAAAAAAAGACCUUACAAAAAUUAUAAAACCUAAGAAUUGAUAAAGAAGAAAUUCAUAAUAUUUACAAUCAAAUUUCAUGUAAGGAUAACUUAAAAUAGAUAUUAGCUUAAAAUGAAAGCUUUGAAAAAAUAAAUAAAGAUCUAUAAGCUUUUUUGUAAACAUCAUUUGUAGAAAAGAAGUAAAAAAAUUUAUAAAUACAAAUACUGAUUGAAAAAAUAAAGAAAUAUCAGUAAUCUCCUCAAAUAUUUGAAAUUGAAGAAUUAAAAAAUAAUAUGUUGGAUCAUUUAGAUAGUUUAGAUGAUGAAUUUGAUAGAUGCGAUGUUUUUAGUGAAGAAAUAAAUAAAAUUUAAUAACAGUUAGAUUUAAUGAUAAAGGAUUAAUAAUCUAAAACAGAAAAUAACAACUUUGAAUAAGAAAUUGAUAAAUAUCUUAAACUUUUCAAUUUUAAAUAUCUUUAUGAUAAGGCUUCAUCUAAUGAAUCUAACUAAAUUAACUUAUUACAUGGGAAAUAAGAAUUUACUGAUUACAAAUAAUCAAAAGAGAUUAAAGUUACAAUUCCUUUAUUUGAAGAUUAUUUAUAAAUAUACAAAAGUUUAAAUAUUUAAUUUGGGUAUGUUUACUUUAAGUAUCCCAUGUCAAAACAUAAAAAGUAUAUUUGUAAAAUAAGAUUUAAUGAUUCAGGAGGAUAAUAUAUUAUUGUUGGAUUAAUUAAUUCGAAUAAUUUGCUUAACCAUCUUAAUUUAUCACAAUAAGGAAAAAGUUUUGUUUUACCAGACAAAAAGUAUGGGGGAUAAAUUGUUACAGGAGAAUAUUUUAGUGAUAUUGCUAAUAAUUUUAUUUUGACGAUGAUAAUAGAUAUUUAAAAUUCAUAAAUUUAUUUUUGUGAUGAAUAUGAGGGUGGUCUUUUUUUUAAUAUUAAUGAACUUUAAAAUUAAAGCUUAUUAGAUGCUGAAAGCACUUAUUAUUUAACAUUUCAUUUUGGCAAGUAAUAAAGUGCCCUGGAUUACGAAACUAAAAUUGAUUUAUUAUAUUUUUAAGAAGUAGAUAAUUAAUGA